CCGUUCAUGAUUAAUAUUACUCUGCUAAAUCCAACCCGCGUCAAUAUCGGGCGCGCGCCGUUUAGAUCGGAUCUGUCCCGCUAUGCCUAACAAUGGAAUGGAAUCCGUGGCGGCAUCCAAUAUUAGUAGCAAGUUUUUUUGUGCAACAAAACAAACCUAGGCUGUGCAUCCAUCUGCUGCGGCAUCCAAUCAAAUCAUGGUAAAUUCACUGCCCCCUCUCUUCUUCUAGCCCGUUUUGUCUUGCUACUAAUAUUCUCUCCUUUUGGUUUUGCAGAGCCAAGAUGCCGAGGACAGAAUCAGUGCGCUCCCUAGGGACAUCCUUAUCCGAAUCCUUGAACUCCUUCCGGUGGGCAGUGCGAUUCGGACCGGAUCGCUCUCCAAACGGUGGAGACACCUCCCUCACCAGCUCUCUUGUCUGCUCAUAGGUGUAUCUGACAUUCAGAGCGCUAGCUACGUCACGCUGGGUCAGAUCAUGGGGGCGUACACAGAAACGUGGAGGAGAUUGCUAUCGUCCACGUGCGAAUGCGGCAGCCGUUCCAUCAAGAGCCUGAGACUUACCUUUUACUUUUCAAAACCUUUCUUGUGCCCUAUUGGCCAUGCCGUCGGGGAUGUAGCCAGGAACGGCGACACUGAAUGCCUCGAGUUUGUGAUAUUCACGCAUCUUGCGAGACCAAGCAAUGCUCAACUUGUCUUGUUUCGACAGCGGUUCAUGUCCUUCUUCCACUCUUGCCCUGUCGCCUUCAGAUGGCUCACAAGACUAACUCUCCACAACCUUGCAUUUGGAGACUCGGAUGUCCCCAAUCUCCUCAAUGCUUGCGAUAAGCUUCAGUUCCUUAACUUGAGAUGCUGCAAAUUGGGUCCGAAAUCUAUCCUCAGCAUAGACGCCCCGUCAUCAGAGCUCCAGAAACUUGAAUUGUUUUGCUUUGAGUGUGUGCGGGUUGAUCUAGCAAGUCUUCCUAAGCUGAAGCAAGUGCUCUGUGAUACUUGGUGGGCUGUGACCACACCUAUGUCUUGUGGCUUUGUUCCCCAACUUGAGAAAGUAAGCCUCGCCUCUGCUGCCCUGUCUGGGCAGAAGCCAUUCACAUUGAGCAAGUGUUUAUCUAGUAGUAGUACAAGAAGCCUCUCGACUUUGUGUCUGGAUUUUUGCUCUCAGAUGAUCUGGAUUCAACCGGAAGAUCCUAAACAGCUCACACGUAUAUUCAGUAGCCUUAGAGAUGUUUAUAUCUACAAUGUCUUUGCUGAGUGUGAUUUGAAUUGGACAUUCUUUAUCCUUAAAGCUGCACCUUCACUGAAGAACUUCUAUUUAUCUCGACACUCUUGUGAACCCAACAAGUUUGAGGAUAUUGCCAAGAAGACCGACUUGGUGUGGGAAACCUCCAGUUUCAAGCAUUUGAACUUGAAGCUGCUGUUCAUGAAAGGGUUUUCAGAGGAUGAGAAGGUGAUGAACUAUAUAAGACUUGUCAUGAAAAGAUCUAUGGGCUUGAAGAGAAUCGAACUGCAUGAUAAAGACCCAUGUGAGGAGUGCAAAGCCAUAUCCCCCGAGUGUUUAAGGUUUCCUGUGGAUGAAUCUAGCAAGCGUCGGAUUAAGGAGCAACUCACAUAUGGAUUCUCCUUAGAUGUGGAGAUAGUAAUGGGAUGAUGCAUAUAAUCAAGCAGUGCGCAGAACCAAGUUAGUUGCUUAGCACGCCCAUUAACAAGGGAUAUAUAUAGAGAGAGAGAGUAGGUGCGAGCAUAUGUAGGCUUACUUUUUCAGAGACAUGGUGAGUGCCCAUGUGUUGCAACAGGAGCCAAAAAAAAUUCAUGUUUACAAGGUA